AUGAUGAGCCACGUGGCAUCAUGUGAGGGGGGCGCAACGGGCGCGGGAUCCGCCCCCGCGGGAUCGGGGGAGAGCGGAGGCGGCGCAACGGGGGAUAGCGGCGCGGGGAGUGGGAAGGAGGCGGUGAGAGCGAUGGGCGGAGCGGAUGGCGCGGAGGGGGAGAGCGCGCCAGGUGUAGGCGGAGCGGGACACCAGGCGGGAUCCGCGGCGAUCUUCCCGCUAAAACUGCUUCAGGUGCACGUGAUGUUCCGCCACGGCGACCGGGCGCCCAUGCCACGUGGCACGCCGUCAGAGGAGGAGGUGGCGCGGUGGGAGGCGAGGCUGCAGCCGCGUCCCCCAGCGCACGUGCUGCCGCACCGACAGCACACGCGGGGGAUAGAGUGGCCCUUUGGCCAACUCACCAGGAAAGGAGCGCGGGAGGCGGAGUCGCUGGGAUGCGCAUUGAGACACAGAUAUGCUGCUCUGCUAGGCCUCUCAGACACACACGGCUCUGUUACCAGUGCGGACGUGGCUGCUGCUGCUGCUGGUGGUGCUGGCAAUGGUGGUGUGGAUCCUACACAAUAUGCUGCAGUGAGUGAUGCUGCUGCUGCUCAAGGCUCCGGCACCCACAGCAGUAGCAAUGGCAGCAGCGGUAGCGACAGCGACAGCAACAGCAGCAGCACGGCGCCGGCAGCAGCAUCAUCUCUGAUUAGCAUCCGCUCUACCAACUUCCCUCGGACCUACAUGACCGGCUUCUACGUGCUGCAGGGGCUGCUGGGGUCGCAGGAGCGGGCAGCGCAGGUACCCAUUAAUAUAUGCGGCGAGGGCGAGGAGAACCUGUAUGAGAACAACCGCUGCGCCAGGGGUGUGAUGCUGUGGGGGCGUGCAUGGAAGGACCUUUCUCGCUCCACACGCAACCCCGACGGUUCUUUCUCUGAUCUUGGCUGGCGUGCUCAAUACCAGCAUGUGAGGGAGUCAAUGCGUUCCUUCUUCAACCUUCCUGAUGGCCGCUUCCCUUGGCUCUGGGCAGUGGACUAUGCGGACUGCAGGCGCCAUCACGGGGACCCGCUACCCCCAGCGCUCACCCCUACUCUGCUUGACACCUUCCGCUUCCACCUCGCGCAGGACUACAUGCGCACCUUCUCUCACCAGGAGAUCUGCCGUCUGGCCAUGGGUCCACUCCUGCACGAGGUGCAUGAGAGCAUGAAGGCCGCUAUUGCUCAAACUAACUCCACCAGCAGUGACACAAGCAGCAGCAGCAACAACAGUGGUGGUGGUGGUGGUGGUCUAUCCCCAUCAUCCCCACCACCUGCAUCAUCACCCCAACCACGCAUCUUCCUCUAUUCAGGCCAUGAUGCCACACUCAUGCCCCUCUCAGUGGCGCUCGGCUGUCCAUACCCCUUCUGGCCGGGCUAUGCAUCCUCCAUUGCACUGGAGCUCUGGGCAUCAAACGACAACUCCACUCACUACAUCCGAGUGCUCAGGAACUUUGAUGAGGUUGGUAUGCCCACGCACACACCCCCUCCUGGGGGCUCCUGGGCUGAUAUGCCUGCUGCUGCUUCUUCUGGUGCUGGUGGUGCUGCUGUUGGUGGUGAUGGCGUGGUGCUGUGUCCCUGGGAUCAGUUUGCGCACAUUAUAGAGUGGAGUGAAAUCAACAAGGAGCACUAUGAGAGGGACUGCCAUGUUGCCAAGCCCAGGCUCUGA